AUGCCAUGGCCUUUCAGCUCUUCGGCGAAAGCGCCUCCACCACCAAAACCCGAAGAAGCGAAGUCCACCUCGUGGAAUGAUCUUCUUCCUCAGCCUGAUCCCCCGCUACAGGCAGCGAAAGAAUGGGCCCCCGUUUUCUUGACGUCCGUCGGCUCUCUGGCCGCAUUCAUGUUCUGGCAGUCCCGCCUGCGACGAUUUCCCACCACCGCCCAUAUCCGGCCUCAUCUCUACAGAAAGAGGACUUUGCUUGGCCGAGUUACUAGCGUUGGAGAUGGCGAUAACUUCCACUUGUUUCAUACGCCGGGCGGAAGACUGGCUGGUUGGGACUGGCUGAGGAAAGUCCCCAAAGAAAGGCCAGCGCUGAAGGGGAAAACGUUAGGAGUACGAAUUGCUGGAAUCGACGCUCCGGAGGGCGCACAUUUUGGCCGCCCCGGUCAACCAGGAGCAACGGAAGCUUUGCAGUGGCUGAGGGACUAUAUUCUCAAUCGACGAUGCUGGGCCAAAAUUCACAAGCGCGACCAGUACGAUCGUGUUGUCGCAACAGUCUACGUCCGGCGGUUUCUAUUUAAGAAGGACGUAGGGCUGGAAAUGCUGAAGCGUGGUCUGGCCACAACCUACGAGGCGAAAUCCGGCGCAGAAUGGGGAGGCUUCGAAGAAAAAUACAGAGCGGCAGAAGCUAAGGCUCAAGGCAAGAAACUUGGACUUUGGGCUGGCAAGGCUAGCGAAUAUGAGAGUCCAAGGGCGUACAAAACCAGGAUCAACGAAGGAGAAGAGAAGAAGACCGCCUAG